AUGGGAGGAAAUCGACGGGAUAAGAUAGAGGUGCUGCUUGUUCAUGGACUUCUAGGUGCUUCCUUGAUCAAAGUUCGCGGAACAUCGCUCAUCCUGUCCGGUUGCGCGAUUCUGGUGUAUCCCGACAAAGACAUCCAGAAUAUCGUCGAGACGGAGUUCCAGAAAAUUGAAAACUGGUGUCCGCUGAAGAGCCUGAAAUGUCGCAAAUUAGCGAAGGUCAAACCUGUGCGCUGCUUGAGUGGCGAGUUCCAGUCGGACGCUUUGCUGGUGCCACACGGUUGUCAGUUCGAUCACGUGCACAACGCUAGCCAGUGCCUCAUGCCGGAUGCGUGGAAAGUCGUCGCGGAACGGUCUUGCAAGCAGCGAGAGUUGGAGCUCCGAUCUCACGCCAUGCUGAGACCUUGUGGCGUUGAUGUUUUCCAGGGAGUGGAGUUCGUUUGCUGCCCGCAUGACGCUGGGUUGAAAGGUACUGUCAUGAAGGAUUGGGGAGUUAUGGAAGAAAAGUACCAAGACAUGAAGAUUGCAGAUCCGGAGAAAGCUGAAAUGUUCCGCCGUGAAAUGACCGCGAAGUUCCAAAAGCGAGUCGAUGACCUGGAAGCAGAUGGUGAAGCUGAGAAACAACAGAUUGUUUCUAUGCAUCAGCAGAGGAUUUUGCGAGCAAUCAAUACCCGAAAGCGUGAGGCUCUUACUUGUUACAGAGAGGCUCUGAAUCAACGUCUUCCCAGCAUUCACAAGGUUGAGAAAUGUCUGCAAAAAUUACUGCGGGCCCUUCACAAGGAUAGACAUCACACCUUGGCUCAUUAUCGUCACCUGCUGAAUGCCAAUUUCGAGGAAGCUGAGCGUCAGCGUGAAAUUACCCUGGAAAGGCUUAUGGAAGUGGAUCGCACGGUUAAUCAAAGCUUGGACAUGUUGAAUAAAUUCCCAGAAUUGCAACAAAGAUUGAGGCCACUGAUGGAUGAAUUUGCUGAUGCCUUGCGAACGAAGCAGAACUUCGCAGAUUCUGCUACCGAUGGAGCCACGUUUGCCCCGAACUCUAAACUUCUCUCGCGAACGGUAGAUGCCGAAAAAGAAACCAUGGACAAGCUCCGCGAUCGUGCUUUGAUGAAGAAAAAGCUUAUUGAUGAUCGAAAACGCGAAGAAGAAGAAAUGCGGAAGCAGAAGAUGCUGAAUAGAAUGAAGAAGAAGCAAGAAAUUGAGCGCACGAAACAGAAGCAAGCAGAUUUCGUCAGUACUUCGGAAUCUUCGACUUUGAAGACAACAUUAAAACCCCGUGAAGAUUUCGAUGAACCUCAAGUUGGGAAAGAAACAGCUGCGAAGCUCAUGCUUAAAAAAUUCGACCCUAUUGCGGUGGACGACGACCACAGUUUGAAGGACACUCCUGUUGCAGCCAAUCAUUUUGAUGAUGAGGAGGAUAAAGCGCAUCUCGUGCAGCACGUGCCAGAAGAAAUUCCAGUCGCUCAUGCCCAAGCUCACGAACUGAGCCACUCGCAAUCGGUCUUCUCCAUCGUUGCGCGAGAAACAAACUCAGGUUCGGGUAGUAAAGCCGGAUACAUAACUGUAGCCUUUGCUGGGUUGGCGCUGAUGACAGUACUGGUUGUGACGAUUGUUGUUCUUCGACGCAGGAACGUCGCCCUGCCGCAAAACCAGGGCUUCGUCGAAGUUGACCAGACAGCUUCUCCCGAAGAACGACAUAUUGCCAACAUGCAGAUCAACGGAUAUGAAAACCCGACGUACAAGUACUUCGAGGAGUCGGACAUGUAGGCUAAAAAAGAAGAAAAACAGAAACGUCGGGGGUCAAUGUGUAUUGAAGCAGCGCACUACGUGCAGGAAAAUGGCAACUUCUUUGCCGUUCAUGUAAUGGUCAGGAUGGACCAAGGAUUCCCUGUCGCGACGGAUUUUCUUGGCUUUUCUUAUUUCGCAAAUGUCCUUUGUCCCUCGCUUGCUUCACCGCAUGACCAUUUCGGUCCGUUCGUAACAAAAUCAUUCGAUUGAUAAAAUGUAGUCGUUUCGAACAAAAGUCAUUCCAGGCAAGGGAAAUGAAUGCGAUCUGUGUGUACUGUGGGAUGUCGUAGAUUCCAGAUGUGCAUUUCAUGGAAAACUUUUCUUGCGAGGCUAUAUCUUUUUAUUUAUUUACUUUUAAAUACUGUAUUCGUCCGUGUCUUGAAUUUUCGCGGGAAAGUCUGCAUUUCUCUCUGAUACUUGUCCGCAGAUUUUUGUUUUGUUUGUGAUUGUUCGAGAGUGUUGUCGCUGUAUUGGCAUCGAUGGUUAGUGCGUAUUUGGCCAAUGGUUCUGUCGAACUGGCCGAGGAAGACUUAGUCCGUUUCCCUUUUUUCCGACUUCGACUGUUGGAAAGGAAACAAUUUCUGGCAUAUUUCUCAGGAUCAGCAGCGCUUUACGCAUGUUGUGGAUUGAAUAUUAAUUUCCGAAGCUAACGUAGGAAUUACGCAAAAUGUGCUUUGUCACUGUAUUGUGGGGAUUCCUAGAACGUUCCCGUUUGAAACACCGGUCGCCGAUGGCGUGGUUCUUGCGCAGCUGGACUUACGUGUUUUUAUUUAUUUUAUUUUUAGCAUGACUCAAUGACAGCAGCUUAUAAAGAUUAAUGAUAGAUGCACUCUCCAAAUUUGAGCAGAAACGUGAAUUAGCCCCACCGUAUGAAUGAUUCGCAGCUGGAAUGGUGAAGCUGAAUAUGUGAAGUUGAAAAUAUAACUUGUGUUUUUUAGAAAAAAAAA